CCACUACCACCUAAUUUUUUCUUUUCCCUUUCCCAACAGUGAUAUCCCACCUACACCCCGAAGUCGCGUGAGCAACAACUUUUCUAUCCAAUUUUUUUCUUCGAGAAGAACACCACAACUUCGAAACCUCCACAGAGAAACUCAACAAUCACAAUCCAACCCGAAACAACAGCAAACCCAAACCGUAGUGAGUGUCUCUCAGCCCCUACGAUGGCAGCAGCGGUCUCAAUGUCUCUAUCGUCUCAACUCUCCGUCGCCAAAUCCGGAACCUCACACUCCCCUCCACAAUUUUCGGGGCUCCGCCGGUCGUGCCCCAAGCUCGACAGCUCUCACUCUCAGCUUUCCUUUCUCCAACACGUCAAUUCCCAGCUCCGUGUCUCCUACUCUCGCAAACCAUCUCGGGCUGUAGCUACCAUGGCCGGCACCGGAACGUUCUUCGUUGGUGGGAACUGGAAAUGUAAUGGGACCACAGAAUCUAUCAGUAAGCUUGUUUCUGACUUGAACAGCGCAAAUUUGGAGGCUGAUGUCGAUGUUGUUGUAGCUCCUCCUUUUCUUUACAUUGAUCAGGUGAAGAACACACUAACAGAUCGAAUUGAGAUAUCUGCGCAAAACUCUUGGGUUGGAAAGGGUGGGGCUUUCACCGGGGAAAUCAGUGUGGAACAAUUGAAAGAUAUUGGCUGUAAAUGGGUUAUCCUUGGGCAUUCUGAGAGAAGACAUAUUAUUGGUGAAAAGGAUGAGUUUAUAGGAAAGAAAGCUGCUUAUGCCUUGAGCAAUGGCCUUGGUGUGAUAGCAUGCAUCGGGGAACUGUUACAAGAAAGAGAAGCAGGAAAAACAUUUGAUGUCUGUUUUGAGCAAUUGAAGGCUUUCGCAGAUGCUGUUCCGAGUUGGGAUGAUGUCGUUAUUGCAUAUGAGCCUGUGUGGGCAAUUGGGACUGGUAAAGUGGCUACACCUGCGCAAGCUCAGGAAGUACAUGUUACUGUUCGUGAUUGGCUUAAAAAGAAUGUCUCCUCCGAAGUUGCGUCUAAAACACGUAUCAUUUAUGGAGGGUCUGUAAAUGGAAGUAAUUGUGCUGAGCUUGCAAAGCAAGAUGACAUUGAUGGUUUUCUAGUUGGUGGUGCUUCGCUGAAGGGUCCUGAAUUUGCCACCAUUGUCAAUUCUGUAUUAUCCAAGAAAGUUGCUGCUUGAUUAGCUUGUAUGAAGUUCUUUUUGGGAGAAAAUAGCUAAUAACAACAUUGUUAGUUGGUGAUGUGAAGUGCUCCAGUGCUUCUGAUGGCAGGAGCAAAUAACGAAGACAAGUAUUCAACAAGUGAGCUAGUUUAUUCAAUAAAGUUUCGAUUAUUUAUCCAGGUUUUUCCCCGGGCUACUUCCUUUUUAUUAAUAAGAGAAAUAUACUAGUUGUUGGUGUUGCAAUGUGGUAAUAAAGUAUCAGUGUGAUGUGUUGUUGUAAUAGUGUCAGUGGCUUAAUGAUGUCCUAGACAAGAAGUCCUGUCUUCCUUUGUGAGUUAAUGCUAUUGAUUGACAUUGAUUUUGAGUUGCCAUCCA